GGUUCUUGGAGAGACGAGCAACGACGGCUGAGAAGAGCAAUAGACGAACAGAAAAGAAGAUACACAAAAAAGAAGAAGAGUGAAAGAUGAGCAGCAUUGGGACUGGUUAUGACCUUUCCGUCACUACUUUCUCUCCCGAUGGCCGUGUUUUUCAGAUUGAAUACGCAGCCAAAGCCGUCGAUAACAGCGGAACUGUUGUCGGCAUCAAGUGCAAAGAUGGGAUCGUUAUGGGUGUGGAGAAGCUCAUAACGUCGAAGAUGAUGUUACCUGGUUCAAAUCGGAGAAUCCACUCUAUUCAUCGUCAUUCUGGAAUGGCUGUGGCUGGAUUAGCUGCAGAUGGGAGGCAAAUUGUUUCUCGAGCGAAGGCUGAGGCGAAUAACUAUGAAAGUGUUUAUGGUGAACCCAUACCUGUGAAGGAACUUGCUGAACGUGUUGCCAGUUAUGUGCAUUUGUGCACACUCUACUGGUGGCUCAGGCCUUUUGGGUGUGGAGUAAUCCUUGGAGGUUAUGAUAGAGAUGGACCACAACUGUACACAAUUGAAACUUCCGGUGUUUCAUAUAGGUAUUUUGGUGCUGCGAUUGGAAAGGGACGACAGGCAGCUAAGACGGAAAUUGAAAAGUUGAAGCUUUCUGAAAUGACCUGUAGGGAAGGAGUCAUUGAAGUUGCAAAGAUCAUAUAUGGGGUGCAUGAUGAGGCAAAGGACAAGGCAUUCGAGUUGGAAAUGAGCUGGGUCUGUGACGAGUCAAACUGCCAGCAUCAGAAGGUUCCAGAGGAGCUCUUAGAGGAAGCGAAGGCAGCUGCCAAAGCAGCGUUGGAAGAAAUGGAUGCAGAUUAAGGAUUCAAAGUGCAUCCUAUUGGUUGUGUCAUUUUAACACUAUCUUUGGGUCGCCAUCCUCUACAUGAAUUUACCAAAUUUUAUUUGCUAUGGUGGGGAUUUCUUUUUUUUCCUUUCAAGUCUCAGGUUUCAGAUGAGCUCUUGAGAGGAAGCUGAGGUAGCUAUAGUGGCAGCACUGGAAGAAACAUUUGUGGAUUUAAAACAGCUAAAAUGUUCUUUUUCAGCCAUCUUGG